AUGGUCAAGCCGCUGUGUCGAGCAGGAGUUGAAGGCGCUAGAAGACAUCUAGCUGAAGAUGUGAAUCCUGAGAGGGAUCGGCCCGAUUGGCCACGCUCCUUCAAACCACCACUUUCCCCCGAAAAAGGGACGAAAGCCUCAGGUCCCCAAACGAGCGCUCCCUCGCCCAGAGACCCCGGCUUGCCCACCCCGCCCUGUUCCCCGCGGCGCGGGAGGAGAGACCGCCCCACACAGGAAGUGUGUCCUGCGCCGGGACCUUGCGCCCAGCCCGCCGGUACCUGCCCUCCGCCCCCAACAGGCGAGAAGCAGCCGCGUCCACAUGGCUUCAGGUGUUCACAUGGCAGUAAACGGGCCCCUGCUCUCCUGGGCGCCCCAGCGCGGCGCCCUCCCGCCCACAUCCCGGCCCAGCCCCGCUGGCCUCGCCUCCAGCCCGUAGCCAAGAGGCGAGCGCGGCCGGUGCCCCCGGGGCUGCCAGGGGCCCCGAAGCAGGCGGCGCUGACUCCCGGACACCGCCCGCUCACACCCGCCGCCUUUGCACCCAAGGCCUCGCGCGACCAGCAGGUCACUGAUUCCACUACCAUCUGUCAGCGUGGAUUGAUUGAGGAGACUGGCCCUGCUAGGCAGAUCAGUGACUUGUGCGAAGUGAGCCAGGGUGUCGGUGCCUUCAGAGCAGGCGGAUGUCCUUCCUCACUUGCCAGCUCUCGUGAGCAGACACACAGCCCUCACCUUUAUCCUUCACCAAGCUCCAGCUCUCCUUCCUCUUGGGAGGCGCCGCCUGCUAACUCAGUCACACCAAGAGGGAGGCCUGGAAUUCCUGCUCACAAGCUCGGGGCUUCAUCUACAGUCUGCCAGGAGGCAACUUACAAAAGCCUCUGGCUAACAGAGCGGGAAACUCCCCACAGCCUCCUGCUGUGCCUGUCCCCAAGCCACGCACUGUCCCCUUGCAAAGCACAAGGAUACUGAGAGUGCACAAACAGCAGGGGUGGAGAGCCUCUGUGGGCACGCCCUCAUUCUGUGCCCUCAUUCCACAGGAGCCCCUGCUUUGUGCAAGUCUCUGAGCCCGCAUGGAGGGAGCAUGGGGGCUCAGAACAGUUCUUUCUGGGGCAAGGUCAGGGGAGGCUCUAAAGUUAUGGUGGUGGGGAGGGCCUUAAAACAGAGGACCAGAGAAUACCAAGACUUAGGGGUGUGGGGGAGAGCCACCUGCUGUGCCCAGGAGGACUGUGCCCAGUGCAGGGGAAAAAGAUGAAGCUGCGGAGUUGGGCAAGGGUGGGAUCCUGCAGGGCCUUAGAGCAUUGGCAUGUUUGGCAUGGAUUUGUUUCACAGGGUCCCACAGAAACUUCUGCUCUCCAGGUUUGCCCCUCCACUCUGCCCUCCAGGAUAGAAGUGUGGCAUCCUAAUCUGGGAUGCAUCCAUCUCUCCCCCUGGACUGUGAGCAUAUGCAGGGCAGAGACACCUCUGCUUCUCUUGGGUCUCCGGCAUCCUGUGCAGGGUAGGGUACCAUGUCCAUUAAAAUGAUGUUAAUGAGGAUGA